CCUCGUCUGUUUGACCAAUUGUAACAUUUAAAAAACACUCCUACAAAUAUUGUUCAUAUUGUCGACAAAAGGAUUUGUUUAAUAAAAAGGCUAACAAAGAAAGAUUCAUGUGAGCUAAGUUAAAAUUAUAACUGAAGAUUCAAUAAGAUUAACACAUACACUUAGUCAGAUAUGAUUGACUGAAUACCAAACAAGGAUGAAAUUGAUGAACUGGUGUAGGUCCAUUUUAUUUUUUGUUUCUUGUUUAUUCGGCAUCGUAAAUUGUAAAUAUAUACGCUUCCAGGAGAAUUAUGAGUACAGUUAUCACUACAUCUCGGAUUCAACCAUACAUGGAUUGGGAAACUUCAAAACGGAUGCCAAGAUUAGUUUCACAGCAGUGAAUGAAACAAACCAGCUGCAAGAAGUUCUGCUGAAGGUCUACACAUUUUCUUUUGUCUCUGAGGAUCAUGAAGGAAAGGGUACAGGAUCAGAAAACUUAGAUUUUACAGAGUGGUUCUCCUUUAAAAUUAACUCAUCAGGAGAGAUAAGCCGCGUUUACCAUGAAUCGGGCGAACAUCACGAUGUACUGAUAGCUAAGAAAGGCUUCGCUUCUUUGCUGUCAUCUAAACUACAGGCACCGGAUAAUACUGCAAAAAGUGAAUGGACUUAUAAAACUGAAGAGUAUGGAAAUGAAGGUCAUCAUAAUGCAUCGUAUUCAGUUGUCAAGACUGCAGAUGGAAUCCAGUUUAAAAAAUUCAGACAUAGUACACCAAUACCUAAUGCAAAAGGGGUACAUCAAAAGGUUCUGCAUUUUGAUCAUGAUCUAGGAACAGUUAAAAGAGUUGUGGUGGAAGAAGAGUUUACAUCUCCCCAAAUGGCACCUAAUUUUGAUGCCGGAAAAGACAUGAGAAAAGUAAAAGCAAUGAAUGACUUCAGUACUAUGGAAAAUCCAACAAUGUCUGCUACAAACAAAGGAGUGUUAACAUUUCUGAAGAAAGAAUUAAUCAAGGAAAAACCAUACAGACCUGUAGAUGGCAUUGUAACUGAUAGCAUCCACAUUGGCAAUUAUGAAAAGAAGGAAUACAAUGCCCAAAAAAUUGCCCAGUUAAAAGAAAAGAUAAAAAAGAAGAUCUACUGCAUCAGGACAGAACCAGCAGAAGGAUCCCCGGAAGUCGUCUCAUGUUUCCACAGUUUGUUAGAAGCUUUAAAAUUGUUACCAGAUGAUGACUUAAAAGAACUGGCAAAAGAAUAUUUUGUUCUUACAAAGCCUAAUUUGAUAAGAUACCAAGAGGAAACAGAGAUUAUGAUAGAUGCCUUUGCCAGUCUGUCCACAAAUCUAAGCCAGAUAUUGUUAGCAAAGUUCAUCAUCUACUCUAAAGAACCAAAACCAGUCUUUGUAAUAAGAUUGUUGUCACAUAUACCUACUUUCAGAAAGCCACCUCAUCAGAGUAUAUUACUUGCCAUUGAAGAUUUAUGCUUCAAUAGAAAUAAGUUUCCACAAUCAUUGUACACUGGAAAGCUGUAUCAGAGAGCAUUACUUACCCUUGGUAUUGUGGUUAAUCAACUUUCCAAAGCUGGAGAUCAGAAAACUGCAGCAGAAAUCAUAGAAAAAGUCCAUCAGAAAUUAGGGCUCCAUGAUCCUUGGAACUACAAAGUAAAACGUGCCACACAAACAACAAAACAGCAGGAAGUACAUGAUCACUGGAAUGUUGUUCUUCUGGAAACAUUGGGCAAUGCUGGAAUGGACUCUUCCUACGAUUAUAUUGUUUCUCAUGUCAAUACAACAAAUUCUCCAUGGAUAAAACGAGCUGGACUAAAUGCUCUUAGAAAAUAUGAACAUGAGAUGGCAGCUGAUACCAUGCUGAAAACAGCUUUAUUCGAUGAAGAUGAAAAUGUUCGAUAUGAGGCCUUGUUAUUGUAUCAAGCACAUCCAAAAUCCAAAACGAUUUCUCCUCUAAAUAUCAGACGUUCAGUAAAUGAGAGCAGCAUAGUUGAUCCUUAUGCAUCAGACAUAAUUGAGCUUCAAGGUCACCAAAGACACAAGAGAGGAUUCUGGGAUGGGUUGGAGUUCAAACUAUCUACACCUAGUGUAGACUGGCAGAAAAAAGUUGGAACCAAAGAACUUGGUGCAUCUUUUGGAAUAGUCAUUGAAAAUUACCUUGAUUUGAAAAUUGCUCCAUUGAGUGGCCAUUUUAAAGUGAGUGCACAUGAUGAAGCCUAUGCCAUAGUCCAUGUGGGAAUGAUUGGAAUCAAUAUUCCAUUUUUUGUUGCCAAACUGUGUUAUAAAGGAGAUACAUCAUACAAUUUCAACAUAUUUCAGGAAGGAAAUGGGAAACAGUUCAUUGAAAUGAUUUUUAGAUUUGAUAAAGUGAUAAAAGAUAUUGUCAAUGGUAUAAAGUCAGGUGUAGACCUGUUUAAAGAAAUCAUUAGUGGAAAAGGAAUUAAAGGCAUUAUAGAUGACUUUAUAGCUGCUUUGGAAUCACUUCCACAAAAGGUUGCUGAUCUUCGUUCAAGAGCCAAAAAAGCAGUUGAAGCUAUAGGCAAGUAUGAUGAAAGUCAGCUACCUGCAUUCUUGAAACCAGUAAAGAGUCUCGUUCACAGAGUAGAGAAAUUGUUUAAUGACAUCAAGACGGAUGUUAUGACAUUUUAUAAUAAAUUAGAUGAAUUGAUCAAUGUCAAAUUACCAGUAAUGGGUGAUCAGCUAUAUCAAGGUGUAGUAGGAAUAAUUGAAGGAUUUAGGAUCAUUGGCAAGAACCCAAAGUCUUCCAUCUUUAAGAUUGGACUGGGAGUGUACCAGGUAUACUCAACUUAUAAGGAAGCUCUUAAACUGAAAAAUCAGACACAAGAGGCGUGUUUCUUCUUGAAAGAUGAGAAGCCAUACUGGUGGAAUAUCAGUGUUGAAUAUAAAGGAAUUGUUGAGGAGGCUGAAAAAGCAAUAGAUGCAGUAAAAAAGGGAAGUCCCGAAUGGAUUGAAGAUUUCAAGGAAGAUCCUGUGGCUACAUUUACCAAAGGAAAGAAUACCACGUCCCAACUGAGAGAGACAAUAAAGAAUGAAAUCAUUACAACUAUAGAGGAACUGAUGAAUCCUUUUAGAACCAUUCUAAGACAUCUUGCUGGUCCAUUUUUUGAAGCCUAUGAAACUGUUUUUGGAGUCAUCAAAUCAGUAAAAGAGGCUUAUUCUAUUCUGAAGAAAGGAUAUCAGCUUGGAAAGUCAUUGAUUGAUAGUAUUUUUGGAACCAAAGCACAUCCUGAUUUUCCAAGGACAAUUAGACUGGAUACUGAUGGUUGUAGAGGAAAAGGAUUUUAUCCAUCUAGUCUAAUGAGCGGUGACCCAGAAUACUCGUACAGUGGUGUUGACUUAGAAAUAGUGGCAGGAGAAAUAGUUGUAGCUCCUUUCUCUGGAUAUAUAAUGUUAACAGAUAAUCCAAAUGAGGUUUUGAUAAAAGCAGACGAAUCUCUAAAGAAUACUGAAAUUUACAUCACAAAUGUAGAUCCAAAAGAUACCAUCCUUCAUCCUUCUGAUGGAAAUUACAUUGAACAUAUGAUCUGGGGAGGUGUGACUAUUGGAACAGCUACAUCAUCACCAUGUAAAAACCAUAUACAUCUAGCUAUUAAAAAAGAUGGAGGAUUUGCUGAACCAACCAGAUUUCUAGAAAGCAGACCUAUAUUUUUACAGCCUUAUGUACAACACUGUAAUGAUUACAAGCUGGAAAAAUUGGGUUACACAGUAGAUGCAGGUAAAAUACCGCCAGAUGGAGAAGGUCAGGAAGAAGUGGAUGAAACUCCAGAUACACAGAAUACUGAUGUUACUCCUAUAGACCCUCCUGCUCAGUCAGAUAAUCCAGGCACAGAUAUACAGACUAUUAAAGAUGAACCUAAAGGAAUGUUUUCAAAAGUGAAGAGUACAGUUACAACAGGGAUAGUGAAUGGAGCUAAAGAAAUGUUUGCAACCCUUAUGAAGAAAGCUGACAGUUUUUUCAAAAAGUUCUCUUUAACUAGAUUAAAGCUUGGAUCCAUCAUUGAGUUUCUGGACCUACUAGGAAUGACAGAGAGUAAACAAAAAUUGGCUGAAGUUCUCAAGAGUAUAAAGAAACUAAUAGAUAACAGACCAUGCUUGAACCCUGCUAAAGCUACAGAAGAGGAGUUGAAACAAGAACUAUUUGACAGAGGCCAUGCAACAACUGGAACUAGGGAACAGAUGAUAAGUAGACUUACUAGACCAGAUAACAGAUGUCCCUGGAUGGCGAUAACAACACCAGACAAUGUAUAUUGUACUUAUGACUCGAUGUGUUUAGGUGUAGAAUGUUGUCUUAAUGUCAAACUGUUCAUGUUCCUGUACACUGUUAAAGCCUAUGCUAGAUAUGAUCCAUGUGACUACACGUUGAGUGUUGGAUUACAAGGUUACAAUUAUACUAUCAAGUUUGAUAUGGGAUAUGAUGGAGUUUCAGAUGAGAUACCUACAGGGUUUGAUGUUGGAUUGCUGGAUCUUGUUUGCUUGAUAAAGUAUGACAUUCAGAAGACAGAUGUUGGACUAAUUGCCUCAGUUGGUGUUGGGUUUUGUGACAGUUCUGACACUGAUAACUGUGUGGCUUUCAUCAGUCUCCUAGCUAAUGCUGUUUUGCCAUUACCAGUAUGUAAAACUGAUGGAACUAUCACAUGGCCUCAAGAUUGUAAGACUGUUGUUCCUGUAGAUGUAAUAUUUGUUAUUGAUGAAUCUGGCAGUGUUGGAGAAGAUCAUUUCAGAGAUUCAAUGGAUGCCUUGGUUAAUUCUGUCGAAAAACUUGCUAUUGCUGAGAACUAUGUCAGGGUUGGAGUCAGUUUAUUUGCUGGAGCUGGAACUUCUCGGCCAUUGUUACAACUAAACUCUGAGUAUGAUAAAGAGGCUGUCAAACAAGUUCUGAGAGAUGCAGUCUAUCAGAAGGGAUCACACACAGAAAUAGGUGAUGCCUUCCAGUAUGUCUGUGAUGAUAUGUUUGUACUUGAGAAAGGUGAUCGAUCAGAUGCCCAGAACUAUCUAAUUCUGUUAACAGACGGCAAAUCUAAUUCUGGGGAAAAUCCUGUCAAAGUUCAGGCUGCAGCGUGUAAAACUAAAGGAGUAAGAAUUGUUACUGUAGGGAUUGGAUCAAAUACAGAUGAAGAUUUACUGAAAGAAGUUGCCUAUUCUAUGCCUAAUUACUAUCUAUCAACUGAUUAUGAUAAACUACCAGAAACUUUGCCUAAUCUGGUUAUUCAAACCAUGGAUUGUAGUACAGAGUGGGUUUUGAAUUUUGAAUACAAAGACUAUUUUGAUCUAGAUGCCAUUAAAUCUAGAAUUGAAAAGGCAGCAAAGAAAAAGUUACUGGAAGCUGUGGAUAAAUUACAAGAGGAAUUAUUAAAGGCACUUGGCCUACCAGAGGACUUCCUACAAAGCACUGGACCAUGUGUGAGACCUGACAAAAUGAAAUUAUCUCAACUUAAAAAGGAGUUGGAGAAUAGAGGACUGAGUACAACUGGUUCUAAUGAAGAUCUUAUAUCCAGAUUAGAAACUGAUGAUGGACGAUGUGAGACAUUUGGCACCACAUUGUAUUUACCAGAAAUAACCAAUCCCUGGUUGAAAGAUCAUCUAUACUACUCAAUAUCCAAUGACUGCUUGCGUUUGGAUGUCUGUGUCGACAUCUCUUUUUCUAUUGGCUUCUUUAAUUAUUCCAAAUCUUUCAACGCUUUCCUUGAGCUAGAUUUCUGCAAGUUUGUGUUGAAUUAUGGGAUUGAGUCACAGACAAAAUCAGUUAUUCUUCUCAGUUACAAAUGGGGUAAACUAGAGACACUGACAGUUACAAAGGAUUUUAAAGUUCUCCUGUCCAUUGAUAAAGACACAGACAAGAAAGUAUUCAAGUUAGAUUUUGGUUUGAGAAUAUGUUUUGAGGGUGACUGUGUUAUAGAUGAGAUGUAUUUAGAGGACCAUGAAAUACCCAUUCCUAUCUGUAAUGAAAAUUUCACUUUCUCAGGGGAAUCUAUCCUAGAAUUGGUACAGUCUAUAGGAGGGAAAAUGACAGAAGAUGCUUUUGAUUUGGUUUUGAAAUACCUUGGACUUGAUAAACACUUUCAAACUGGACCAUGUAAUGUUCAAGAAGGGCCAAAAGAUUGUCCUGUUAUAAUAAACCCACAAAAGUAUCUACCAGCCAGCAUUAGGACAAUGUUACAGUGUGAAAUGACAGAUAAUUGUUUUGGUUUGGAUUGCUGUAUAGACUUAUCAUUCCAACUACCGCUGGGAGACAGGACUGUCACCUACCAUAUACCAUUCUGGUUCAAAUUUGAACCAUGUGACUUUAAAGUUGAUGUCAGAUUUGGUGGAUAUACAUACAAGAAAGUUCUUCUAGAUUAUAACUGGGGUGAGAAGAAUGUUCUCUCUAUUGGAAAUGGUGACCCAGCACCUGUUUCUAUUGAGUAUACUAUUGACAAGAUGGAAGGCAGUCAGGGAUUCAUAAUAGAUGCCAAGAUCAUUAUUUGUUUUCCUAUUGAUGGUGAAUUAUUCUGUGCACCUGAUGGAGGAAUUCACAUCUUAAAACAGCAAACAUUACCAGUUUGUUCUCAAGAGUUUUAUGACUGGAUAAAAGAUUGUACUGCUGUUACACCAGCUGAUAUCAUAUUUGUGUUGGAUGAGUCUGGAAGUGUUGGCCAGGAGCAGUUCACUUUGUCCUUGGAAGCAAUAUCAGAGACCACAGACAAACUGGCCAUAGGGGAAAAUCUGAUCCGAGUUGGAAUGUCUAUGUUUGGAGGGACUGGUACAUCUAGAACCGGUUUUGAUCUGGAUACCAGCUAUGACAAAACUGUGAUUAAUCAGAAUGUUCUUCAGAUACCCUAUAACAAACAAGGAUAUACCGAUAUUGGUGAUGCUUUGAGGUAUGCAUGUGAAGACAUGUUUGUUUCCAGCAAGGGUGACAGAGGAGUUGAUGUAAAGAACUAUGUAGUGUUGAUGACAGAUGGACAGUCAAACAGAGGGAGCACUCAGACAGGAGUGAAUACCUGUAGAAAUAAUGGUGUAACAAUCAUAGCUGUAGGGAUAGGUGAUGGAAUUAGCAGGACUGAGUUGUUAUCUAUUGUACAGGAUCCUAACCAUUUUAUCAAUACAACUUAUGUUGAACUACACGAAACUCUACCGGACAUUGUUACAAAAUCUAUAGACUGUAGUGCAGAUAUUUCAUCUUUUAUUUCUAAUUGGUUAAAACAAGCUGGUAUGGAAGUUUUGGAUGGAGUGAAGGAAGGUGGGAAACAACUGAUACUAAAAAGACUUGGUCUGUAUGAAUUUUUCAGUGGACCUACUUGUGACAAGGAGAGAAAACCCUUCACUCCAAAUGUUGGGGGAUGGAAUAAUGAGUGUCCGUUAGGAACAUUAGGAAUGCCAGACCUACCAGACAACAUGGCCUGCAAUUUUAAGGACACAUGUACUGGGAUAGAAUGCUGUAUAGAAAUUCCUGGUCUUGGUCUAACCUUACAUCCAUUUAUCAUCAUAGACCCAUGUGAAUAUACCUUAAACUAUGGUGUCAACACAAUUAAUGAAACUAUCCAGCUUAUUAACUAUGAAUGGGGAAAAACAGAAAAGAUAAACCUUGCUGGUGGAGUAAUACAAUUACAACUAGUCAUUAAGAAGCCUGCUGGGAUGAAAAAGUUUGUAGUGUUUCUGUCAGCAAAAGCUUGCUUUGAAGAAAGAUGUGUUCCAGAUGUUAAGAUAUUUGAUGGAACAGAGAUUCCUCAGCCUAUCUGUGAUUUGUAUGCUGAUUAUAGUUUUAAAGAGUUUUCACUGUCUGAAUGGGCAGACCGUGUAGGAACAGAUAUAAAGAGCCAGUUGAAGACAGAAUUCCGUACACUUUUACUGGAACAGUUGGGGCUGGAUGUUAUGUUGAAAAACCCAUCAUGUAAUAGAAGUGAUAAUAUGUAUAGCCCAUCUGUAAAUGGUUGGAAUAAUGAAUGUUCCAUACUAACUCCGCCAGCUUUGUCAGGCCCAGUCUCUUGUUAUAUACCUGAUAAUUGUACUGGAAUUGAUUGCUGUCUUGACUUUGAUUACCUGGAUUUACACCUGAAUUUCUACCUGUAUGUUGACACCUGUAAUUAUGUCAUCAGAGGUGGAAUAGAAAAAUUUACCUUUGAAUAUCAGCUACUGGAUUACCAAUGGGGUGAAGUAAAGGAAGAAAAGUUAGUAGAAAUAAUCAGAAUAAAGUAUAAAAUAGACAGACUAGAAGAACAAAAGAAAUUGAUAGUAGAUGCUGAGUUGAAGAUUUGUUUGGAGAAGGAAGACUGUAGUAUAACAGUUAAAUUAUUUGAUCAGCAGCUCAUUUCACAACCACUUUGUGACAUGGAGAUGACUGGGCAACUGUUAGAUAUAUCAUUUACUGACUGGGUAAAGAAAACAGGAGAAAACAUUGGCAAUACUUUAACCAGUGCUGUCGCUAAUAAAUUACUGGACGAAUUAGGUCUUACUAAGUUCAUGAACUCAGUUCCCUGUGAUAGAUAUGCUGGAAUAUUUGCUGACUCAGAAAAUGGCUGGAAUAGUAAAGAUUGUCCAUUGGCAACUAACCUGCCUCCAAUAGACGCCUCAAUGACUUGUUACAUUCCAAGUUAUUGCACAGGAAUCAACUGUUGUAUAGAGGUGGAUCAGAUUGGUAAAACUUUUAAUGUCUAUGCUCUGUUAGAUGGCUGCAGCUGGAGGCUUACUUUGGGUAUUGAAAGAAGAAAAAUUGAUAUUUCACUACUAGAUUAUAAUUGGGGUGAAACUCAAAUUUUCACACUGAUGGAUAUUAUUUACCUUGAGUACUCUAUACAUGAUUUAAAAGGCGAGGAUAGUUACAUGCUGAAUGGGAAAAUAAAAGUUUGCUUACAAAAAGGAGGUAGAUCAUGCUUGUUCACAAAGACUCUGUUUGAAAAUGCUAAAAUACAAAAGUUUGGAUGUGACUGGUCUCACAGUGAAUUUAAAAUACCAGAUUUUUCUCUCCAGAAGUUUUUAACAGACAAUGAUGUAGUUAACAAUGCAGCAGGAUUAGUACUGGACAAGUUAUUGGAAGAAUUAGGAAUAGCAUCAAAACUUAGGGAUACACAAUGUAGUAGAGAACAGUCCCCCUAUAGUCCUAGGGAUUCUAAUGGCUGGAACAUAGGGUGUGAGAAAACAUUACCAUUUAGUUUACCUCCAGUACCUAAUACAAUGAGUUGUUACCUGACUGAUAGCUGUACAGGUAUAGAUUGUUGUAUAGAUGUGGACCAGAUCAGUAGAUCUAUCAAUGUUUACAUCAAACUGGAUGCCUGUAACUACAAACUGACAGCAGGAAUAGAGAAACUUACAUUUGAUAUACCUCUACUGAACUACGAGUUUGGUCAGAAACAAAGCUUUAGGUUGAUGAAUAUCUUCAGGAUUGAUUAUUCCAUCAUUGAUUUAUCAAUGGAGAAGCAGUUUGUAGUAAACAUGGAUGUCAGUGUAUGUUUUGAAGCUAAUGCACCAUGUGUGUUUACAUCAACAGUCAUGAAGAAUGCUAGGUUACCUAAACCUAUAUAUGACCUGAGAAGUAAUUUGUCUUUUGCAGACAUAUCCUUUAAAGAAUUAGCUGAGAACCUACUGUUGGAUGUUACACAACAGUUACCAUCAUAUGCUGCUGACAUAUUACUAGAGAGACUUGGUAUAUCUCAGUGGAUGCAGGAUGUACCAUGUAGUAGACAGUCAUCACAAUAUACCCCUAAUGUCAAAGGAUGGAAUAUAUUAUGCCCUUCAAACAUACCUCUCCAGGAUUUAACAGGAAGUUUAAGCUGUACAAUUCCAGAUUACUGUACUGGUAUAGACUGCUGUAUAGAGAUCCCACAGAUUGGUCGUACCUUCCAUGUCUACUUGUUAUUAGAUGCUUGUUCACACCGACUUAAAAUAGGAAUAGAAAACCUGGGAUUAGAUCAAGCUUACUUUAACUUUGAGUUUGAUAAAGUCCAUGAGAUAAGGCUAAGCAAGCUUUUAAUCUUACAGUAUUCAGUGAGUGAUCUGGAAGGAAAGAAGAAGUACAUUGUCAAUAUGAACAUUACAGUUUGUUUGGAACCAUCUGGAUCAUGUAUCUUUACAUGGGACAUUCUCAAGGAUGUUUACUUACCUAAACUUGGAUGUGAUUGGAAUAUAAGUAUGGCUGAUUUUUCUCCCUCCAAGCUUCUACAAGAUAGUGGGUUUACAGUAGCAGACAAUCUACCAGAUGUAAUCCUUUCCCAGAUACUAGAGAAAAUGGGUGUGAUUGACUAUCUACUAACACCAGAAUGUGAUCUGCGGGAUUAUACACCAAGUUUGAAUGGAUGGAUCAAUAAUUGUCCAGCAGAAGUAAUCAACAUGACCUUGCCAAAUCUUCCCUCAUCUUUUACCUGUAGGAUAGAUGAUACCUGCACAAAAGUUGAUUGUUGUAUCAGGGUUGAUUUUUUGAAGAGAAACAUACAUUUAGAGCUGGAUGUUGAUGUCUGCUCAAGAAGAAUAUCAUUCAGUAUUGAAAAACUGAAGCAAGAUUUAACCAUAUUUAACUAUAAUCUAGAUAUUGGAGGAAAGCUCAAACUUUUGGAUUUUGUGUCCCUAGAUUAUACCAUAGACAACACAGAUGAUAUGAAUGAAUUCAGAGUAAACCUCAAUGUCACCAUACAACUGGAUGAUGGAACUGUUCUUUAUAAAUCUGUAUUGAUGAAAGAUGCCACUUUAAUAAGAAUAUCAUGUGAUUGGAAUACUGGAUUCGUUAUUACAGAUUUUUCCUUGCAGUCCUACAUAAACCAGUUAUCUCUGCCCAGCAAAGAUCAGCUGACUGAAUUAAUGGCUGCUAAACUGGUUGAAGAGUUAGGAAUAGGGAGCUUACUUCAAGAUGCUCCUUGUCAGAGAUCAAGCUCUUUAUAUAGUCCUUCUAUCCAUGGUUGGAAAAAUGAAUGUCCACUGGCUGUCCCUUUCCCAGACCUGACCAUUCCAGCCUCCUGUUACAUGCCGUCUCACUGUACUGCUGUGGAUUGCUGUAUAGAUGUGGAUUUCUUACAUCGUUCAUUCCAUGCCUACAUUGAUAUGAACACAUGUGACAACACAUUCAAACUGGGAAUAGAAAAACUCAAGUUGGAUCCUAUAAGUUUGACAGAUUAUCAGUUUGGGACCACUGAGUAUUUCAAUUUGAAAGGAAUUGUAAGAAUAGGGUACAGAAUAGAAGAUUUGAAUAUACAGAGAAAGUUCCGUGUUGACUUGAACCUGAGUAUUUGUUUUGAGUCCAAUGAACCUUGCCUGUAUGAAAUUGUCCUGUUUAAAGAUGCUCUGGUACCUAAAUUACUUUGUGAUUGGGAAGCCAACUUCUCUAUUCCAGACUUUUCUCUGGAGAAGUACACAGCAGAUGCUGGGGAGGUACUAAACAGCUUGAAAGAACCAUUCAUACAGAAAUUGAUGGAAGAUUUGGGUAUAUCUAGUUACCUGAGUGAUGAUCCAUGUAACAUAACAUCAGAGGACUUCACACCAAAUCAUCAGGGAUGGAAAUCAGAAUGUGAACAGGCGUUCUCAUUGCCCGCUCUACCAAAUACAGCUGUGUGUGUACUGGAGCAUACUUGUACUGGUGUGAAAUGUUGUAUGGAUGUUGGAUUUCUGAAGAAAUCAUUUUCAGCCUUUGUAGAGAUAGAUACCUGUAAUCAUUACCUUAAGUUUGGUAUUGAGAAGCUAUCUGAACAAAUCGAUCUUUUUAACUAUGAGUGGGGUACCCUUGAAAAGAAAUACUUGAUGAAUGUUAUAAGAGUAGAAUACAAGAUAGAAGACAUAUCAGCUGAUCAGGAGUAUGAGAUAGAUCUGAACAUGAGUGUUUGUUUUGAAUCACAGAAAAGUUGUUACUUUACCAUGAGCAUAUUCAAUGGUUACAGAUUACCUAAAGUUUUCUGUGACUGGGGCACAGGAUUUAAUAUUCCAGACUUUUCCCUAACCAAAAUUUUAGAAGAACAGAAAGAAACUUUAUCAGACCAGUUACCUACAGCUGUAAGACAGAUUUUACUAGAGAAACUUGGACUUAGUGAUUUUUUCCUAGAUUCUCCAUGUAAUGUAGCAACUAAUUCAUUUGUCAAUGAAUGUAAUAGUAGUUAUUUGACCUUGACCUUACCAUCAUCAGUAUCCUGUGUAAUACCACCAAGCUGUUCUGCUUUAUCAUGCUGUAUGGACGUCCAGUUAAUCAGUCGAGCCAUCAUGUCCGAGAUCUAUAUAGAUCCUUGUACAUAUACUAUGUCCUUAACUUUAGAGAAACUACAUGUAAAGAUAUCUCUGCUGAAGUAUACAUGGGGAGAAACUCACAAGUUCUCACUUCAAGGUGGCAUUAUCAUAAAGUAUAAAGUUUUUGACUUAAAGAGUGAGAAAAUAUUUAUGGUAGACUUGAGUUUCCAUAUUUGUAUGGAAGAGAAGGAACCAAACAGUUGUAUAGUUGAUUUACCAAUCCUAACCAAUGCUAAAUUAGCUAAACCUUUAUGUAACUGGAGUAUGGGAUUCUUACAGUCAGACUUUUCCAUGGCUACUUGGAUGACAAAAAACAGUGUAACAGACACAGGCACAUUACAGGAAGUUUUUGUUUCACAACUUCUUUAUAAACUUGGUGUAUAUGACUACAUGAAGGAUCCAAAGUGUGACAGAAAUCAGCCUCCAUAUCAACCUGCAAACAGUAUCGGAUGGAAUCUUGAUAAAUGUAAUAGUUCUGUAGAUUUACCUAUAAAUCUUCCUGCUGGAAUCUCCUGUUACCUGUCUGAUACCUGUACAGGUAUAGAUUGUUGUAUACAGAUAGAUAAACUAGGAUUAUUUGUCAAUGCCUAUGUACUGCUGGAUGCCUGUCACAACACCUUUACUGUUGGUGUAGAGAACUUUAAACAUACUACAACCAUGCUGGAUAUUGACCUUGGUGAAAUACAAACUUUCUCUAUGAUGGGAUUUGUUAGAGUGAGUUACAAGAUUGACGAGUUCUACAAUGAGAGGAUGUUUAUUGUCAGUCUUAACAUAAGUAUUUGUUAUGAAGCUAAUGGACCAUGUGCUUUAGACCUGAAAAUACUGGAAAAUACCAAACUUCCAAUUCCUUUCUGUGAUUUCAGUCAUGGAAUUCCAGGAUUUUCCUUGGCUGCCUGGCUAGAUAAUAACAAGAUAGAUUUAGGAUCACAGCUACAGUCCUAUGAUGUUGAUAGGUUGAUGGAAGAAUUAGGUAUAGCUGGUUAUCUAUUGAGUCCUCAAUGUCAGGUGUCUUCUUAUCAAAGCGAUACUAACGGAUGGAAUACUGGAGCUUGUGCAGCAGCCUUAUCAUUGCCAACAUUACCAUCAAACCUGGCAUGUCGGUUACCAGACUACUGUACAGGGAUCCAGUGUUGUUUAUACAUACCACUGUUGGAUAUGUCUGUAGAAUUCCAUGUUCUGAUAGAUAUCUGUAACCUCAAACUUAGUAUUGGACUGGAGAACCUUGUCAUUAAUGAAUCUUUGUCUAAUUACAACUUCAAUGCCCAGAACAAUAUAUCCCUUGGGAGCAUGAUCAAACUAAGUUAUUCCAUAAAAGAUUUGGAAGCUGAAGAGAAGCUGUCUUUUGAUUUAACAGUAAACUUUUGUUUUGAGAGUGAUGGAGACUGUAUAUAUAACUAUGUAAUAUUUGAGGAUUAUAAAUUCUCUAAACAGCCAUGUGAUUGGACAGGAGGAUUUGUAGUGCCAAAUUUUAAAUUGAAUUCCUGGCUGACAGAUCAUGAUUUAUCGCCAAGUUUAUCACAACUCUCUGAUUUAAUGGCAUCAAAGCUUCUAGAAGAUCUGGGUAUAGCUGAAUACCUACAAGAACCAAGCUGUAAUCCUGUAACAGAUAUAGCAUUCAGUAAUGUACAGAAUAAUGGCUGGAAUUCAGCAAUGGCAUUCAAUAGACUCUAUAGCAAAGCAUGA